CGCUACCACUGUUCCUUCGUUACGGAGCGUACUGGCGGGUGACAGCCAUGCAUCAUGCGGAGUAGCUAGACUAGGCCAGGCCAGGGCUGCGUGAGGUAUUUCGACCGAUCGCCGUUGAGCUACUGGCGCCGAGAGCGCUGUUGAGCCGCCGCUAGCGACCAGCUGCGUGCGUGAGUCGCCAGCGCCUCUUCGCAUUCCCCGGUCACGCUGCCGCCGCAAUGCUCGUCGUCGCCGCGUCGCAUGUCCGCAGCCCCGCCGUGAGCGCACUUGUCCGCAGCGCCGCCGUGAGCGCCUUCCGCGUCGUCGUCAGCUGCGCCGCGCGAUCCUCAACUCGCGUGACGCGCGAAUCGACUCGCCACCCCCCCGAGCGUCACCGCUUGCCACCCUGCCGUUGAGGCGUCGCUCGCUGCGGCGUCACCGCCUCCCCGCGCGCACCACCCCGCCGCACCUUUCCUCCCCCCGCGCCCCUCUCCCCUCCGCCCUCUUCCCCCACGCUGCCUGCGCCUCUCAACGUCCAGCGCGCACCCCUCGUCGCAGGCGCCUGUCGGCGUGGCGAGCUCGUUCGGAGGACGCGCGGAGCAUGCAGCCCGCACGGCCGCCGCGCCACGCGGCGCACGAGGCAGCGGGGUCCCGCGGAGAUGAGGCGGGGCAGCCGCAGGGGGAUGGGGCGGGGCACAGGAUGCUGUGGGCGGAGAUUGGGGGGGCGCUGAGGACGGUGAGCUUGGGGCUGGCGGAGAUCGUGGAUGCCUCGCGAGCCACGGCAGCAGAUGGAGCGCCUGUGGCCCGGCCGCUGCCAGUGCUGUCGUUCCUCGCCAGCCUCGACCUCGUGCGCCUCCACCCAGCCCCGCCCGUCCCGCUGCUGCCUGCUGCCUCCGCCCUCUCCCACGCGCCUCGCCGCGCGCCCUCUCUUGCUCCGCCCCCGCCUGCUGCUGCUGUGCCGCCACCUGCCCCUGCACCCGUUCCCCCCCCUCCUCCUGCUGCUGCGCCUGCGCCCACAUCCCCCCCUCCUCCACCCUCCAUCCCUCCCUCGGCACGCGUGCACCUCCCUGCUGCGCCUGCUGCGCCUGCUUCCCUCCCCCCACACCGUGCUUCCACCCCUUCCUCCCCCUCUCCGCCUGCUGCCAGCCAACCUUCGCCCUCCUCGCCUUUACUCGCUUCGGAAGCUACCCUGCCUACCCCGCCUACCCCGCCUUCCCCGCCUUCCCCGCCUUCUCCUGCUGCCCCUGCUGCCCCUAUCUCCGUACCAGCUGCUGCCACCGAUGCCGCCGCACAUGAGAGGCAUGGGCAACCAGGCGCACCCAAUGCGACUCCUGUGUUUGCUACGGCUCGUGCUGCUGCUGCUGCUCGUGCUGCUGCUGCUCUUGGUGCUAGUCGUGGUGGUGCCGCGGGCGGUGCUGCCUCAAGUGGUGCCACGGGCGGUGCUGCGUCGAGUGGUGCCCGUGCUGGAGAGCCAUCCACACCACCACGCGCACUCCCUGCCCUCACCACCCCUGCACCAACCUCCAACCCCGCACCAACCUCCACCCCCGCACCAUCGUCCACCCCCGCACCAUCAUCCACCCCCGCACCAACCCCCACUGCAGCGACCCCCUCUGCUGCGCCAGCGGGGUCGGUGCGGCGCUCGCCCCGUCUGCAGCAGCGCCUCUUCGCCACGCUCCGCUCUGCCCCGCCCGCCGCACCCUCCGCUGCCCGCCCCCCUGCCGCUGCCGCCACCACCAGGGCCGCCACCCCAGGCAGUGCGGAGGGCAGCGGGGGGGGCGGCGUGGCGCGCGCGGCGAUGGAGGAGUGGACAGCGCACGAGACGUGGCGGCUGCGGCGCCUGCACCCCGCCAUGGCGCCCGCACAGGCGAGGGUGCUGGCGCUGGCCAUGUGGCGCCGCGAGAAGAGGCGGCGCGAGAGAGGAAGGGGGGGGCAUGGCGGGGGCGACGGGGGGAGGGGCGGGGGAGGGGAGGGGGGAGCUGUGGGGGACGAAGCAGGAGGUGCGGAGAGGGGAGGGAUGGGAGCGGGUGAAUGGGCGGGCGGAGGGGCAGAUGGGGGGGCGAGUAGGGCGCGCGGAAAUGCUGGUGCGCUGGGGGUGAGGGAGGUGCCUGAGGAGGAAUUGGAUGAGUUAGAAGAGGAGGACGAAGAGGAGGAAGUCGAGGACGAGGCGGAGGAGGAGGAGGAGGAGGAGGAAGAGGAGGAAGAGGAGGACGAGGAGAAGGUAGAGGUGGGGGAAGAGGAGGCAAUUGACAGAGGAGGUGGAAGUGAGGAGGAUGAAAGAGAGAGCGAGGGAGGGAGUGAGGAGGGGCGGGCGGAGCAGGGUGGGAGGGGGGAGGACAGCGACGUGGUGGAGGUGUCGGUGGAGGAGGGCGAGGCGUGGCCCGACAGCAGCCACGCGGACAGGCAGGGGGGCGGCAGCCAGGCGGACAGCCAGGUUGGCGGCGGCCAGGCGGACAGCCAGGGGGGCGGCGGCCAGGCGGACAGCCAGGGGGGCGGCGGCCAGGCGGACAGCCAGGGGGGCGGCAGCCAGGCGGGGCCAGAGGGGGAGGAGGAAGGUGGGGAGGAGAGCCCAGGGAUGGGAGGGGGCGGAUGGGAGGGCAUAGAGGUGGAUGAAGUGGAGAGACAUGGGUGGGGGGAUCUCGGUGGGCUGGGGGGGAGGGAGGUGCGGGAGGAGGAGGAGGAGGAGGAAGAGGAGGAAGAGGAGGAUAAGGUGGAAGAGGAGGAGGAGGAGGAGGAGGAGGAGGAGGAGGAGGAGGAGGAGGAGGAGGAGGAGGAGGAGGAGGAGGAGGAGGAGGAGGAGGAGGAGGAGGAGGAGGAGGAAGGAGGGGGGGGGGGGGAGGAGGAGGAGGAGGAGGAGGAGGAGGAGGAGGAGGAGGAGGAGGAGGAGGAGGAGGAGGAGGAGGAGGAGGAGGAGGAGGAGGAGGAGGAGGAAGAGAAGGAGGAGGAGGAAGUGCAGGAGGUGGGUGGUGGGGGGGAGGAGAUGGAGGACGAGGAGGAGGAUGAGGAGGAGGAAGAGGAAGAGGAAGAGGAAGAGGAGAAGGAAGAGGAGGAGGAAGAGGAGGAGAAGGAGGAAGAGGAAGACGGGGAGGAGGAGGACAAGGAGGGAGAAGGCGAGGAGAAGGAGGAGGUGGGCGGUGGGGCGAAGAAGGUAGAGGAGGAGGAAGAGGAAGAGGAGGAGGAGGUGGAAGAGGAGGAGGAGGAGGAGGAGGUGGAAGAGGAGGAGGUGCAGCUAGGUGGAGGUGGGAAGGCGGUACAGGAGGAGGAAGAGGAUGAGGGGGUGCAGGAGGUGGGUGGAGGGGGGGAGGAGGAGGAAGAGGAAGAGGAAGAGGAGGAGGAAAGUGAACAAGAGAAUGGCAUGGAGGAAAGAGAGAGCGGUGAAAAGGAGAGCAAGGGAGGGAGUGGGGAGGAGCGAGCGCAGGUGGAAAAGGGGAGGGAGGGCAAGGGUGCGGCGAGCAUGGCUGGGGCGGGCAUGGCUGGGGCGGGCAUGGCUGGGGCGGGCAUGGCUGGGGCGGGCAUGGCUGGGGCGGGCAGCCAAGCGCUCGAGCAGGGCGGUGGGGCAUGGAGCUCGGGUGACCCGUGGUGCCUGGACGCAUGCAUGGGGCGCGCGGGGGAGGGGCAGGGCGGGAGGCGGGGGGGGGAAGUGAUUGUGCUGGAUGACAGCGAGGGCAGCGAGGACAGUGGGGCGGGGGAGGGGAGGGGGGGAAGUGAGGAGGGCGAAGGACGGGGCGAGGGGGGGAGAGAGGGCUAUGCGGACAGCGAGCACGUGAGGGCAGGUGCAGGGGCGCAGGAGAAAGUGGUGGAGGGGCGCGGGGUGAAGGCAGGGGCCACGGCAGGGGCAGAUGCAGGGACGACGGAAGGGACAGACGUAGGGGCAGAGGUACGGGCAGAGGUACGGGCAGAGGUACGGGCAGAGGUACGGGCAGAGGUACGGGCAGAGGUACGGGCGAAGGUAGUGGCUGAAGACGAAGAGGAGACAAGGCAGGGGGGAGGAGCGAAGGGUGGAGAUGAGGGAGGAGAGGAGGAAAGAGAGGAGGAAGGGAAGGAGAGAACAGAGACAGGAGGAGAGGAGGACGGGACAGAGGGGGCGGACAGGGGAGAACAGCGGGGGCAUGAGGAGGUAGAUAUGAGUGGGGAGGGCGGGGCAGAGGCCAGGCCAUGUGAGAGAGGAGUGGUGUCUCACGGCAGUGCUGCUCGCCGUGCUGGUCAGGCCACUCCUUGCAAGAGCGUAGCUGCAAAUGAUGUGAAUGCCGCUUCACCUACAGCCAACGUGGUUACACCUGCAGCCAACGUGGCUACACCUGCAGCCAACGUGGUAACACCUGCAGCGAAUGUGCUUUCACCUGCAGCGAAUGUGCUUUCACCUGCAGCGAAUGUGGUAACACGUGGCAGCAGUGGUGGGAAGCUCAGCAAGAAAAAGAGGAAGCAGAGGAAAGAAAGAGAGAGGGAGGAGGCAGCGAGGCAGGCGGGCCAGGCGCGCAGGGCAGCGGAGGGCAGCACGCCUGUUAGGGCAGCCCUGCGGGCGCCCCUGCCGUUUCUGAGCCCAGUGGUGGCCGCUGCCUCGCCGCCCUCCAGCGGGGGGAGGACAGCGCGGGAGCGCAGGAAGCGCCAGCGGCUGUCCCUUGAAGCCGACUCCACCUCGCCCUCCCUCCUCGCCCUGCCCACGGCUCACCCGCGCUGAUUUGCCCGUUGAUUUGCCCGCUGACUUGCCCGCUGACUUGCCCGCUGAUUUGCCCGCUGACUUGCCCGCUGACUUGCCCGCUGAUUUGCCCGCUGAUUUGCCCGCUGACUUGCCCGCUGAUUUUGCCCUGACUUGCCCUGAUUGGCCCAUAUCGUCUCCCGCACCGCAGCCUGAUUUGGGGGUGCAUCGAUGCCGUCUCGUGGCCCAAGUGCUCCACCACGCACUUGAGCGUCCCUCAUGGCACAACAUGGCCCGUCCUGUCGUGUGUCACAGCCCUUUGCCGCAUGCCCUUGAGCGUGCCGCGUGAGCAGAGGUGUAGCAGAGGCGGAGCACGCAGCAGCGCAGGCUGUGGUGCUGCGGCAUCUGCCUGGGUGGUGACGUGGCUGUGAACUUGGAGGUGGCAGAAUGGAGAGGGCGCACAGUGUGCAGGCAGGCAGGCAGGAGAGGGUCGCACUGCCACAGACAGCUGGGAAUGGAGUGGGAGUGCAGUUGUAGAUGGGGUGGGAUGAGAUGCCACGUGCAGAGCUGUGACUGCAUGCCCUGCUGUGCGUGGUCUGCUGUGAACCUGUCAAAUGCUAUUUGCCAAUGAGCACGGGCUUGAUUCUGCUGCAUCACCUUCCCUUUCAGCAUGUCCAGUUUCCACACACUGCUUGCUGCGUUCGGGGCGGAGUGCCAGCUUACCUUUUAGGCUUUUAGU